AUGCGGGCCUUUUUCAAUCGCCUCCACCUCGGCGGCAAGGAUAAGGAUCGGGAUACCAGCCAUACUCCCAAAGAGAAAUUCCCCCCUCUGCCCUCUUGGCCCCCCCAAGAUCCUCCGAAGCCCCCCGCGACAUCAAACUCAACCCCAAAUUCAAUAGCCUCCUUCAAACCCCUCCCAGAGCUCGUUUCCGCCCAAUUUGCCUCCCAGCUUGCAUCUCGGCCCCUGCCUCCCAUAGAGCAAUCUCCGUCUCCCCCUCUACCUGAAUCACGAUCAACUGCAACCCUUACGCCCCCCAAAUCAACACCACCACCGGUGCAGCAAGACGAAACCUCGCAGGAAUCAUCGACAACAAGCACGUCGGAAUCAGCUGUCCGCAGCGCGCGCAAAGCUAACGGGUCAACUGGCACUUCAACCACCACCGAUGUCCAGAAGAAAGUCGCCUUCAUCUCUCCUCCUCCUACGCCAGCCAACUUCGAGAGGGCUUUGCCUGACGCACCAACCAGCGGGCCGGCUCCCACACCUGUUCCUUUAAAAACGACCGUCUCGCGUUUUCAGGCCGCUUAUGGAAAGGAACCUCGAGGCUCGACUUCGACCGGGGCGUCGUCCUCGAAGACAGAUAUUACAACAGCAAAACAGACAAGUGUCAAGGCCAGCUCGACCCGAACCGCCUCUCCGUAUCUACAGAAAUCGUUUGACGGUCCAUCGGCUCAAUCCCUCCGUUCUGGCACGCCUUACUCCUCGAUGUCGAACAACACGAGUGGUAGCAAGAUUCUCGCGGCUACAUCCUGGAGCGAAGUAACCGAGGACGAUCUGGUUUCGAAUCUUGGCUCGCGCGAGCGCACGCGACAAGAGGUGUUGUUCGAGAUCAUUUCGAGUGAAGACCGAUACGUUCAAGAACUUGUGAAGAUGAAAGAUACCUUUAUUGAUCCAUUGCUGCAUCCCUACUCCAUAUCCGCAGCCUCCGCGGCCUCGACUCCUAACCUGGACUACGACUAUUAUCGCUCGGAGUCACCACUGGAAUCUACGGAAGACCUUCCCCCUAUCGCCGCUCGCUUCAUGUCGCCCACACCCUCCAUGAACCCGCCGCACGGCUCAACGUCUCCGCGUCCACGAGACGCGCCACAUAUGGACGGAGAGUCUCUAGAGACGGACGAAGAGGAAGAGGCUGCCGACAGGGCUGGGAGACUCUACGAGAACUCCAGGAGACCAGGCACGAGUAACACCUCACGCAAUGAUCACCCACGAUCGCCAUACCGUACCACGGUGACGCGCACAUCAGGCCGUACGCCCGUUCCGUUUCCUUCACGAUCACAUACAUCCCUUCCUCCGCCGGCACGAAAUCCGCUCUCCGCCUCUACGCACUCGCUCGGUCGCCAGUCAAUAAUGGUGGAACGAGAGCGGGAAAGGGAAAGGGAGCGAGAGAAAGCGCGAGAGCGGAAAUUCAGUCAAGACUCGCCUAAUAAGCCUGCCAUGUUGCGGAAAUUUAGAAAAAGCCAGACGACGAAUGACGGUAUCUUUGGUAAUGCAAUCGCGCCUCAUCAGCUACCAGAAGACCUACGGAUCUGUCUUGAGGUGAUAGACAGCGGAGUGUUUGACGGCCACAAGAGACUAUCAGAAGCCUUAAAAAAGCGCUAUGAUGAUCAGUUUCCUCUUGUUCGGUCACUCGCAGACGUGUUCGUCUCAAAUUCGGACAUCUUCCAUGGCUACGCUACGUAUGUUCUUCAUCUGGAACGCGCCUUGGAGCAGGUGGAUGCUGCUCUUUCCAACACUUCGACAAAGAAGCCUAAAAAACAGGACUCUGCUGAAUGGCAGAAGGUCUGCAAGAUUCUGCGGAAACUCGAGGAAACAUCAGCUGAAAAGGGCGAAACGGGCCUUGCUAUCACACUGUCAAAACCCUUCCAGAGGCUGCUGAAGUAUCCUCUUCUCUUCCAAAACCUUCUGUUCCACACCGACCCCAGCACAUUUGAGUACGAAAGUACACUUCAGAUGGUUGCUGAAGUAGAAAACAUCGUGCGCAGUAUCGAAGACGAGAAGAUCCAGAAGGAAGAACGCGACAAGACGCGAGAUGUGUUCGCACGCAUUGAAGGACUAGACAAGGUCAGGCAACUGGCUCUGCCCAAGCCAUCACGUGUGCUUCUCGAGGAACGUGCAUGCACUACAGGACUGAGCCCUCUUGGCGGCGGCGGCGGCAGCGGCUCGACAAAACCGUCAUCUCCACCGCCCGUCUCCAAUUCGAAAGGUGUUAGAGGCAAAUCGUCAUUCAAACGCCUCAGUGACGUCCUCCGCUCGGAUGGAGUCGGCAGCAAGAAGGAUCUUUGGUUUGUCGUCUUCAACGACGUCGUGCUCCAAUGUCAGCGGACAGGGACGACGUCAUUGCCCCUUGUGGCGUCGACCAACUCGCGGACGAAUUCGUUGCCUGAAUUGCAAGGCAAGGCCAAAUACGCGACCACUGGCCGUCGGAAUUCAACGUCAAAACCUCGAAAUCUGUACAAAUUUAUCAAGAUUGAAACAUGGGCCAUCGGAGACGUGCUGCAGCCACGAGAAGGCGUCGUUUCCAUGGAAGAUAUGGCGAAGUCUCGCGAUCUGGCCCUCUCCAGCCAACCUCGAAUUGUCCCUAUGCCCGACGACGACGAACGAGACAAUGCCGAUGACUCUGACGAUUCUGACAAGAAGAGUAAAAUGAGCUUCUCGUACUGGGGUGCCGACAAGGUCACAGUCCAGAAGCCUGUUAUCAAGGGCAAGCCGGGCGUCAACCCAAGGAGAGCUGGCGUCGUUGCCUCUUAUGGUCGGGAAUCAUCUGCCAACGCGAAAUUUGGCACGCGGCUCGUGUCUGAUGGCUCUACGCAUACACGUCCAGCAAGUCGCCGCACGACCACUACGCCAACUUCCCGUCGGCCACCUGCCUCGGAUGAGGGCCCGAACUACGCCAGAGCAACCAUUACACGCCCGGCUUGGGAUACGAGCACCCGCACCCCCGUUCCCAUCAAGCGCCCGCGAAACAUCUCUCAGGCUAGCGCAUCGACAAAGACACCGAUACCUGCACUGAAGGCACCAGUUGCCACAUCUCCGGCUCCUUCUGAAGACUCCGGCGUUGGCCUGUACCGUCAGAUGCUUGCCCACGACCCGUCUCUCAACAACAGUGCUUGA